CCGCCGCUGCCGCCGCCGCGGCUGCCGCAGCCUCUGGGAGCCUGGGAAAGGGGAACCGCGAGCGAGCGAACGACUCAGUCCCCGGGCGGCGGCGGCGGCGGCGGCGGCGGCGGCGGCGGCGGCGGCGGCCGGGAGGGGGAGGCGCGACGGCCGGGGCGGGGGAGGCGGCGGCGGUCCGCACCAGCCAUGCCGAAUAAAAACAAGAAGGAGAAAGAAUCACCCAAAGCAGGGAAGAGUGGAAAAAGUUCAAAAGAAGGACAAGACAUAAUAGACUCAGAGAUUCCCAGCAGGAAAAACAGCCUUAUUGCUGCCCCGUCUGCAGUGUCUAGUAAAAUAAAAGUGCCAGCCCCUCAGCCCAUAGUGAAGAAAGACAAACGGCAAAAUUCUUCCAGGUUUAGCGCCAGCAAUAAUAGAGAACUUCAAAAACUACCGUCUUUAAAAGAUGUUCCUCCUGCUGAUCAAGAGAAGCUUUUCAUCCAGAAGUUACGUCAGUGUUGUGUCCUCUUUGACUUUGUUUCCGAUCCACUAAGUGACCUAAAGUGGAAGGAAGUAAAACGAGCUGCUUUAAGUGAGAUGGUAGAAUAUAUCACCCAUAAUCGGAAUGUGAUCACAGAGCCUAUUUACCCAGAAGUAGUCCAUAUGUUUGCAGUUAACAUGUUUCGAACGUUACCACCUUCCUCCAACCCCACGGGAGCAGAAUUUGACCCAGAGGAAGACGAGCCAACGUUAGAAGCAGCCUGGCCUCACCUGCAGCUUGUUUAUGAGUUUUUCUUAAGACUUUUAGAGUCUCCAGAUUUCCAACCUAAUAUAGCGAAGAAAUAUAUUGAUCAGAAGUUUGUAUUGCAGCUUUUAGAGCUCUUUGACAGUGAAGAUCCCCGCGAGAGAGAUUUUCUCAAAACUACCCUUCACAGAAUCUAUGGAAAAUUCUUAGGCUUAAGAGCUUACAUCAGAAAACAGAUAAAUAAUAUAUUUUAUAGAUUUAUUUAUGAAACAGAGCAUCACAAUGGCAUAGCAGAAUUACUGGAAAUAUUGGGAAGUAUAAUUAACGGAUUUGCCUUACCACUAAAAGAAGAGCACAAGAUUUUCUUAUUGAAGGUGUUAUUACCUUUGCACAAAGUGAAGUCUCUGAGCGUCUACCAUCCGCAGCUGGCCUACUGCGUGGUGCAGUUUUUAGAGAAGGACAGCACCCUCACUGAGCCGGUGGUAAUGGCACUUCUCAAGUACUGGCCAAAGACCCACAGUCCAAAAGAAGUCAUGUUCCUGAACGAAUUGGAAGAGAUUCUGGACGUCAUUGAGCCGUCAGAGUUCGUGAAGAUCAUGGAGCCUCUUUUCCGGCAGCUGGCCAAGUGCGUCUCCAGCCCCCACUUCCAGGUGGCGGAGCGGGCGCUGUACUACUGGAACAACGAGUACAUCAUGAGCCUGAUCAGCGACAACGCGGCCAAGAUCCUGCCCAUCAUGUUCCCGUCCCUGUACCGCAACUCCAAGACCCACUGGAACAAGACAAUACAUGGCUUGAUAUACAACGCACUGAAGCUCUUCAUGGAGAUGAACCAAAAACUGUUUGAUGACUGCACCCAGCAGUUUAAAGCAGAGAAACUGAAAGAGAAGCUAAAAAUGAAAGAACGAGAAGAAGCGUGGGUUAAAAUAGAAAACCUAGCCAAAGCAAACCCCCAGGCACAGAAGGACCCGAAGAAGGAGCGGCCCCUGGCACGCCGCAAGUCCGAGCUUCCCCAGGACCCGCACGCCAAGAGCGCCCUGGAGGCCCACGGCCGCGCCGAGGAGCCGGCGCCCCAGGACGGGCGCUAGCCCCCACGCCCGCCUGUAGAGAAGACACGCUCCGUGUGCCAUACCAGUCAGUCACACUCAAGUCCAAGCUUUCUCCAACCCUGUCUGUAGGCAAUCACAUCCUUCCGCCUCAGCUCGAGACUAGGAGUUCAAACAAUGGUGACCCCUCCAGGGCUGUGCGUGCACCCCCCCCAAUUCGGGGUCCCCGCACGGCCCCACGUAAGAUGGUUCCCCAAAAUCAGAGCUAAGGAAAGCACCCCAGUCAUCACCUUCACGCUCUCCCCAAAUGGGAUUUGCGAUCAUUUAGGAUAGGUGGGUCCUAUGAGAAUAUCAAUGGUUUUCAAAUCAAAGGAACACUAUAAAAGAGUAUCACAUAUUUUUUAAGACUGUACAGCCCUUCAGACUCUUACACCAACAGUUUCUUUCUGGGUGGGUUUUUUUUGGUCUGUUUUUGUUUUAAUCCCACCAAGGUGGGUCUAUGCUGUUGAUCUUAACACAGCUCACUGGGAAAGUGACGUGACCCUUCUGCGCCGUGUCUUCCCGAGGUAUCACUUUACUCCAACCAGUGCCGUGCGCACCACGUCCUGCUGCUGCGUGUCACUAAAGCCAUAUUUCCAGGUCUGUGGUCCAGCACCAGGGUUCCGGGAGUGAGCUCAUAGGAGAAAUUUGUUAAAAAAAUAUAUAUAUAAGCUUUCUCUUGCCUGGAAUUGGAACUUUAAAGUGGUGCGCUCAAUGUCUUACUUUGAAGAAUGAUUUUUCUUUACUUAACACGUUGUUACCCUUGAAUGAGGCUCUUCAAUUGAUAAAUUCUCUGAGAAUUCCACAUUUUAUAGAAAGUCAGAAGGGAAUCAUAUUGAGUGAGGCCAGCUCUAGGCCCGAGACAGGCCACAGCUGCCUUUGGGCAGAAGUCACAGAAUCAGUGCCGUGGGCAAGUGCCACUUCCCACGGUGCAGUGCCCAGGGAUUCAUGGAGGCGGCGGCGGCGGCGGCGGCGAUGGCCUCCGAGGAGUCUCUGUUGCAAGAGGACACCUUAGUCGAAGCUUCAUAAGGAAAAUACAGCGUCUGAGUCUUCACUGGUCUUCAAUGCUGCUAAAUAUUUCAGACUUCCUUGCAUGUAUUAAGCUCUUUGUUUUCAAUGGGACAGCACGAGGAGAAAAGUCUUUAAACUUAAGGCUCUGUUCUUUAUGUCUCUCCUGGUGGCCAGUAUUUUGACUGACUUAUCCUGCUCGAAAGCUAUUUGAGAUGCACACCGCCCCUGUCAACCAGUGAUUCUAGUUUCCCGUGUCUCUGGCGUAAGAUGCUACAACUUGAUGUUAAAUGUCUGGAUGCUUCAGAGGCUUCCGUCAGGAUGUAUCUCUCACUCAAGGUCUGGGGGGGACGCAUUCAGAUCCUGUGAGGAGCGGAGCAGACAUCGUUCCCCAUGCAGCUCGGAGCCUCCUGCCCGUGGUCUCAGUUAACCCCCCACCCGACGGCGUGCGUCUCCCUGGGUCCUGUCACUUGGAGGGAGCGGACCCCUUGUGUUCAGAGCAGGUAGUCAAUCGGAAGGCCGCCCCAGCUGAAAGCAGGAGGAGAAACCUUCCUGAGAAACUUGACAAGUAUCCAUCCACUUUGCCAUUAUGAAAUUUAUCAUUUAAAAAAAAGUUCAGAUGCCUUCUCCUUUUGAGGGAAAAAGGGUGCUUUUCACUGUAUAAAGCAGCGUCUUGUGUAUCUCAAUAAACCAUUGUUUGAACUUCAGUCUUCAGCUGAUGGAGGAUGUUCUCGGCUUGUCCCCGAGAGGUCUCUGGGAAGCCUCUCCUCUUGCCCGAGGGAAAAAAGCAAAAAACCUCGGUGUUUGGGUGACGUGGAAAGCUCAGCAUUUAAGAACAUCUUUUUGUCUAGGUUUUCCUUCUGCUCUUUAUUGAAGACAAACAUUCACCAAAAAGGGAAGAAAAAAAAAAAAGGUUUUGAGAGAAACUGAUUUUCUUUGAUGAGACUAUUAUUUAAUAUUUUGGCCUCUCAAAGUUUUCCUAGUUAGAACUCAGAUUCCCUGUGCUAAUUGUUCAGCUUACAUAUUAUUACAUAGAUACACUGUUUAUUCUGUACCAAAUUGAUUUCAAAAGUACUGCAUUGAAAAUAAACUGGUGACUGUUUUUCUUCAUAAAGUUCUGCGUUUGGCAUCUUCAGUCUUUCCAAAAGGUAUCUGUACAUCAGAAAUGUCACUGUUCCGAGUGUCUUUUUAGCGCGGCUUUAGUGUGGCUUCCUUUUAAUAUUGUACAUACAUUGUACCGUUGUUUUAUGGUAAUGAGUAAUAAAAAUGUAGACUUCAUAUUUUGUACAAAAUGUCCUAUGUACAGAAUAAAAAAAAAGUUCAUAGAAACAGCAAAAAUAGGUAAGUGGCACAAUUAUUUUUCUUUAGAGAAUAUCUGUAACUUUAUGCUUUAGUGAAAUGUUAAGUACCUACAUAUUUUUUAACAUUUUGUAAUUCAGAACUUUUCGUUUUGACAUUGUUUAUGAAGAGAAACUUCAUACACUUGCCAUUUAAUAUGCUCUUUUAUCUAAUUUUAAAAGAAGAAAAACUCUAAAAAAUGGUGUAUUAUAUGGACUAAAUAAAGAACCUGUGAAUUUUA